AUGGCAGCCGACUCAGCCGUGAGGUCAGAGGUAGAGGAGCUGCAGAGGAGAGCCAAUCAGGUGACAGAUGAGUCUCUGGAGCUCACCAGGAACAUGAGGCUUCUGCUGGAGGAGAGUAAAGAUGCAGGCAUUCGAACACUGGUCAUGCUGGAUGAACAAGGAGAGCAACUGGAUCGUAUUGAAGAGGGGAUGGAGCAGAUCAGCCAGGACAUGAAGGAGGCAGAGAAAAACCUCACCGACAUGGCCAAGUGCUGUGGACUCUGUGUCUGGCCAUGCACCAAGUUGAAGGACUUUGAGGCAAGUGGAGCCUAUAAGAAGGUGUGGGGCAGUAACCAAGAUGGCGUGGUGUCCAGUCAGCCCUCCUCUCGUGUGGUUGACGAGCGGGAGAGGAUGACCAUGAGCGGGGGCUACAUCCGAAGAGUGACGAAUGAUGCUCGGGAGGACGAAAUGGAGGAGAACCUGACCCAGGUGGACAGUAUCCUAGGCAACCUGCGGAGCAUGGCUUUGGACAUGGGAAAUGAAAUUGACACACAGAACAUCCAGAUUGACCGCAUUCAGGGCAAGGCUAUUGUCAACGAGUCCCGCAUCAUUGAGGCCAAUCAGAAAGCCCACAAACUGAUAGCAAGAUAA